GUUGAGAUUUGGGGAAUCCGGCUCCAUCUUCCCCCCGAACAGGCCCCGGGGAUCUGCCUUCCAGGGGGAGGGAAUUCGUGCUGCGUUAAAGGACUCCGGAGCCUGGGAGGGAAAGUGGCGGGGCUUAGAAAAGCCGGGGCCGCCGUGGUUUCCUGAUGCCUGCUUUGAUGGCUCCUGCAAAGAAGGGUGGCGAGAAGAAGAAGGGCCGUUCUGCCAUCAACGAGGUGGUGACCCGAGAGUACACAAUCAACAUUCACAAGCGCAUCCACGGAGUGGGCUUCAAGAAGCGCGCCCCUCGGGCACUUAAGGAGAUCCGGAAGUUUGCCAUGAAGGAAAUGGGGACUCCCGAUGUGCGCAUUGACACCAGGCUCAACAAAGCUGUCUGGGCCAAAGGAAUAAGGAAUGUUCCAUAUCGUAUCCGAGUACGGUUGUCCAGGAAACGGAAUGAGGAUGAAGAUUCACCAAACAAGCUGUAUACCUUGGUAACCUACGUACCUGUUACCACGUUCAAAAAUCUCCAGACAGUGAAUGUGGAUGAGAACUAACUUGGAAAUAAAAUUACAGAACUGCCUUUGUACUUUGGUUUUCUUGUUUUAGUUGUGACAUACUGUGUGUAAAGGCCACCCCCAUUACGGGAUUAUCGGGUUUUCUAAAUACUGUUUCCCCACCACCACCCUGGUUCACUUGGACAGGGCCUUGGCCCUCAGGCUUCAGGGCCUGCAGUUCUGUGGGUGUUCGCACUGGUGACUUAAGUGGAGCACUGCCGAGAGGUCUCCGCAGGUGGGGAUGGAAGCGUGUGACACCGCAGGCAACAUAAGGUGAAAAGACAGAGGCGAUACAAAAAAUUUAUUAAAAACCAUGGAGGCCAACAUUGAAAGCAGUUUUGACACUUUUCAGAAGGCAUAUCCAAAGUGAAUACAACCAAAAAUAUUAAAAUGGUUUCAAUUACCAGCAUUGAAACAAAACUAGUGCA